AUGCCCAUUGCCCAGCGGUUCUACCUGGACGUGAAGCAGAACGCCAAGGGCCGCUUCCUCAAGAUCGCCGAGGUGGGCGCCGGCGGGGCCAAGAGCCGCCUCACGCUGUCCAUGGCCGUGGCGGCUGAACUACGUGACGCGCUGGGCGACUUCAUCGAGCACUACGCGCAGUUGGGGCCCAGCCCCGCCGACCCGCUGCCUCCAGCCGGCGCCAGCUCGGCCUCGCCGCCCGAUGAGCCGCCGCGCCGCGCGCUCAAGAGCGAGUUCCUGGUGCGGGAGAACCGCAAGUACUACCUGGACCUGAAGGAGAACCAGCGUGGCCGCUUCCUGCGCAUCCGCCAGACCCUCAACCGCGGCCCCGGGGCCUUUGCGGGCGCCUCGGGCCUGCAGAGUGGCCAGACGAUCGCGCUGCCCGCGCAGGGCCUCAUCGAGUUCCGUGAUGCCCUGGCCAAGCUGCUGGACGACUACGGGGCCGAGGACGAUGAGCCAGGGCUGGCGCUGGGAGGCGGCGCGGGGGCAGGCGGUGGAGAGCUGCCUGAGGGCACGUCCAUCACCGUGGACUCCAAGCGCUUCUUCUUUGACGUGGGCUGCAACAAGUAUGGUGUCUUCCUGCGCGUCAGCGAGGUCAAGCCAGCCUACCGCAACGCCAUCACCGUGCCCUACAAGGCCUGGGCCAAGUUCGGUGGCGCCUUCUGCCGCUAUGCUGAUGAGAUGCGCGACAUCCAGGAGCGCCAGCGCGACAAGCUGUAUGACCGCCGGCCGGGCACUGGGGGAGUUGGUGGAGGAGCGGGGCCUCCAGGGCCCGGCAGCGGGAGCGGUGCCGGUGACGACUCGGAGGCGGAUGAUGUGGAUGACGAUUGAGCCCCGCUAGGUGCCCCCGAGAGAGGAUGGACCCCCCCACCCCAAGCCCUGCCAGCACCUAUGCCCCCACAAGCCUCACUGGACUGGGGGAUCCCACCAGAGCCCUGCUGGACUGGGGGAUCUCCCCAUCAGAGCCCUGUCAGCGCCCCCAAGUGUCUCGCUGACCUGAGGGAUCCUGCCAGAGCCCUGCUGGAGUGUGGGAUCCUCCCCAUUGGAGGGGUGUCCUGCCAGCCGCCCCCGAGAGCUUCACUGCACUUCAGGACUCCCCCAGAGCCCUGCUGGAGUGGGCAAGCUCUGCCAGACUGGGGGAUCCCUCUGGAGCCCUGCCGGAGUGUAGGAUCCCUCUCCUCUCAGAGAGCUUGCCAGUGCCCCAAGACCCUUACCAGAUUGGGGGAUUCCCCUGGAGCCAUGCCAGAGUGGGGGAUCCCCUUGGAAAUCUGCUAGGCUGAGAGACCACCUCACCUUCCCUCCAGAGUUCUGCAAGUCUCCCUG